AUUGAAGGAACACGUGAAGAAACCCUACUCCUUAAUCCUAAUUGCAGAGAGGAGGAAGCGACGAACCAUCAGCCAUGGAUCUUUCGGCACUCACAGAAGCUCAACAGCAGCAACUCCAACAGCUCCAUCAACAGUUUCAGCAGCACCAGCUUCAGCAACAGCAACAACAACAGCAACAGCAACAGCAACAACAGCAACAAGAACAGCUCUCGCAACAACAGCAAGAUUUAUCUUCUCAACUCUACGAUCCAUCUCAAGCUCAAGCGUACGAUCAAGCAAACCAAGCUUAUUACCCUUACCCUCAAUACCAACCACCACCGCAUCAACAGCACUACCAUCACUAUUAUCCAGAUUACACCAAUGCUUAUCAACCACAAUCGCAAUUACAACAGCCACAGCAGCAACAAUCUCUGCAAGAGUCGGCAGCCAUAUAUCCUCCCGGCGUAUCGAUACCGUCUGAAUCGUCGCAAAUCUUUGCUGCUGCAUCUGCGGUCCAGGGUCAGGGACAGGGCCAGGUUCAAGGACAAGCGCAGUAUCAGCAGAAUGCUUAUUACCCUCAAAGUGUUGGCGAACAACAGCAGCAGCAGCAGCAUCAACAGCAACAACCACAAUUACAACCACAACAUCCUCAACAACCAAACUCGUCGUUUCCGGUACCGCCUGGAUUAAAUCCGGCGGCCGCUGCAGCCGUGGCUGCAUUGUCGCAAUUGACUCAAUUUGCAGGGACGAUGGAUGCAGCGGAAAGAGCGAUGGCCGGAUUGCAAGAGCGGCAAUGGCACCCCAAGAAUGGGGGUUAUGGUCCAGUGCCAAUCCCAAUGCCACACGGGCCAUUUCCGAUGCAACCUGAGGUUGGGAGAUCUCCCUACAGAGGUGGUGGCAGAAGGGGUGGCAGACCAUUCAGAGGUGGUGGCCGAGGUAAUUUUGGCCACCGCCAUUCCAGAGAAGAUGGCUCAGGUCCCUCCUUCCAUGGGAGAGGACGCAUGGGGAGGGGUGGUGGUAGGCGUUACCCACCACAUGCUGCUGCAUCUGCAUCUCAUCUGGCUGCUACAUCAGACCAGGAGGCUGCAGCAUUAGCAGAUGGUGAGGGAGCACCAUCAUCUGUUGCUGAAGGAGAGGCCUCACAGGUGCAAGGGCCGCCAGUAUCAGUUCCAGCUUCAGGGCAGGCAGCUCUAACCCAGCGUCAACAGAUUGCAUGGUGUGACCUUUGUAGGGUUGACUGUACCACUUUGGAAAUCCUUGAGCAGCACAAGAAUGGGAAGCGGCAUAAGAAGAACUUGCAGAGAUUUGAAGAGUUACAGAAUGCUAGAAAAAAUAUACCCAUGAUACAAACUGAGCAAAAGCCCGUGUCUGCAACACAGAAUGAGAAAAAACCUGAACCAGCAUUGCCAAGUGAGGGAAAACUUGUAGCCGAAGUACAGAAUGAGCAAAAACCUGCACAAGAAAUAGAAAAUGGGUCGGUACUUUUACCUGUACCUGAAUCCAAGUCAGAAGUUACAAUACAGCCUGAAAAUGUACAAGGCACUGAUGAGAACAAGUCAACUGCAGACAAUUUACCUACUGAAGUUCCUGCUAUCAAAAAUGAAAUGGACACUGAGCAGCCAAAUAAUUCUGAAGAGCAGUCUGAUAUUACGAAAAUAGAACAGACUGAAGCGCCAGCAAGGAGGCCAAGGAUGGAUCGGUUUGACACUAGGAGACGGGGUAUGAAGCGGAAGAUGAGGGGGGGCCGGGGAGCUAAGCGUAUGAGGAUGUCUGAACCACCAAAGAGGCCAGUUGAGCCUCCAAAACCCAAAGAGGUUGUGCCCUUGAUUUGUGACUUGUGCAAUGUCAAGUGUGACACGCAGGCUGUUUUAGACUGUCAUUUGUCUGGUAAAAAGCAUCUUUCUAAGCUCAAGCGUUUUCAAGGUCACCAAGCUAUGUAUGGACCAUUGGGGCUUCAGGCUCUUUACCCCCCUAAUCCUAGUGCCCAAUCAGCUUUCAUCAUUCCUCAAGGUCAUCCACAAAGCUAUUAUGGUCCUCAGCGAUCCUUCCCCCACUUGACGGGUUAUGGGUUUCCUCAAGCCCACCAAGCAGCAGAAGGAGCCAGUCAAGUUCACCAAGCAGCAAUAGCAUCCGGUCAAGCUCUACAAGCAGCAACAGCAGCAGGUGGUUCAGAACUGCAAGUUCAAUGGUCGGAGCCUCAGGGAUCAUAUGUCACACUUGAACCUGGAAUGCAAAAUGCCACUGCAGUGGAACCUGAUGGUCAAAAAGAGACUUGUGCGGUGGAGGCAGAAGGCCAACAAGUUGCAUCUGUGGAUUACAAAUCUGAGAACAAUAUUUUAGUGUCAGCUGUAAAGGAGGUUAGCCCUGCCCUGGAUAACUCAUUUGCACCUCCAUCGGUGAACACUGUUAUGGAAGCUGACAAUGUUUUUCCAGCAACAGAUGAUUCUGGUCCUGUCCCGGAGUAUGGAGUUACCUUGUCUGAUCAUACUGUCUUGCCAGGAAUGGGAAUCAAAUUGGAUGACCAUAGUUCUAAAAAUGAGGAACCAAUUGCAUGAGAAGGUACUGCUUCAUACUUUUCAUGAUCAGUCACUUAAUGGUACUGGUGCUGGUUAUUGGUUGCUACUGUUAGGAAGGGCUUCACAUAUUCUGGUUUAAGUAAUUUAGGUUCAAGACAUCCCAUGUUAGUGGAAGUUCUUUAGAUGCAUUUAGAUCACCCUCC